ACCCAACGCAGCGCCGGCGAUGGCUUGGCUUCAUUAGUUGAUGCCUCUGUAGCAACCGGAGCGGAAAUGGCCCCGGAAUCUUAUCGCAAGAACGACCCAGAGCCACCGGUGGUCGACGGCGACAAACGACUGCCUUCGACAGAGACCAACCAGCAGCAGUUUCGAGCACCCGAAUGCAACAGCACCUAUCGAGCACCUCCCUGCGUUCGUUUGCUGGGUGGAAGCGACGCCAGCGAUUGCUGUGACGAAACCAGCAGGAACGUCCUCGUAGGAAACCUGCGAAUCCAUGGCUGGAGCCCUAUCGUUGUGCCCGACGCCCCGAGUCCCUCGCCGUCCAAGGAAGAAAUACUCGGGAUUUUUCGUCGUCGAAACCAACGGGUCGGGGACGGCACCAACGAACUCGGAGACGUUGUCUAUGUUCCCUCCGAGAGCGGAUCCAGCGAGGGAACGGUGGAGCCAAAAGAGAGCCUGGAGGUCGGGCUGUCGAACUGCCAGGAUCCUCCGGACGGCCACCCGCUCCCCGGCGAGAGCGACGAGCGGACCGUGAAGACCUUCUGCCGGACGCUUUCGUGGAUCGCACACCGGGUUUGCGGCGUCGUGCUGGAGCUUCCCCCGGAUUCCUUCCUGCCCUUGGACCCGGGCGAGUCUCUCGACCUGCUCCGCGUCUUUCACUACUACGCCGUGGCGGGUGAGGAGGGAACAUCGCCGGCCCCGACCCUCGGGAGUUCCGAGCACACCGACUGGGGUAGCCUGACGGUGGUUUGGCAAGACGCCGUCGGCGGGCUGCAGACCUACUGCCGGUCGUCCCACCGCUGGAUCGACGUCCGUCCCGAAGCCGAAGCCGAAGCAGAGACCCCCGUACGGCGAAAGGGCCAUCGCUGGCGGUGCAUCGUCCACGUGGGCGACAUGGCGAGCCUCGUCCUCGGCAGCCCCCACGCCGGCCCCACCGCGGCCGGCGAAAGCAACGGGAGCGAGAACGACAAGAAGAACGACAAGAACAACGACGCCGAUGCCCUGCCCGUCUCCUGGCCGUCCCCGAGGCACCGGGUGGUGAGCCCCUCGCGGGAGGAACGGGUCAGCCUGGUCUACUUUGGCUACCCGCCCCGAAGCCUGUCCCUGGACCGGAUCCGGGCGGUCCUGGACGGGGGCUGGAAGCACUCGCCGACGAGGGGCAGGCGCCUGCCGCUGGGAGACUACUACCUCCUCCGCAACCAGUCCGCUACCGGAGCGGGCGGCAAAGCCGGCGAUGGCAAUGGCGAUGGCAAUAUCAAUGGCAAUGAGGACGAUUCGGAGGCCGGCCGUCUCUUCCGGAAAAUGUGGGAUCUACCGAUCCAAGACAUUGUUCGCUUGAAGUGGGAGCAAGUGAAUCGGGACUAAUACUAGCAAUAACGGUUUAGUAAGCAA